AUGAAUGAGCCUCGAACGCCUCCUAAUAAUGUGAAUGAGACUCAUCAAAGCUCUGCGAAUAUAGUAGUAGUAGACCAUGUAAAAGCAGAUGACUUUUGUACUUCAUUAUGGUCAAAUGUUAAAGAACCUGAAGGAUGGGCUACUCAUGUUAAAGUAAAUCGGAUAUAG